AUGGGAGAACUAAGACCUACGAGGAUGUCUGUACUACUUGUAGAUCGUUCUGUUAAAUUUCUCGUAGGUAUGCUAGAAAUCAUUCCGGUGCGCAUAGGACAAUUCUAUAUCCCUAUCAUAUUAGGAAGACCAUUCCUAGCCACAGCCGGAGCUAUCAUAGAUGUUAAAAGAGGCAAGCUAACCUUCGAAGUUGGUGAGGAAAAGGUCGAAUUCAUUUUGAUGCAAUUCCUAAAGGCACCAGCUAUAGACGACACAUGUUUCCUACUAGAUGUCAUCGAUGAAUGCAUAAGAGAAAUAGAGAAUGAACAAACAUCAUACUCCGAAAUACUGAAAAUUCCAAGGCCUCCUACUUUUGAAGAUGAAAAUUUAAGCAAGGAAUACUGA